UCCGCCCGCAGUCCGCCCGCAGUCCGCCAUCUGCCAUCUGCCAUCCGCCAUCCGCCAUCCAUGGUGGGGUGCCCCUCCAGGACUUUGCUUCAGACUUAUCAGUGCUCAUUCGGGGCUGGCAGUAGCAGCAUCACCUGGGAGUUCCGAAAGCAAGUUUCUGGUCCCUACCCCAGACCUACAAAGUCAGAACCUCUGGAAACGGAGCCCAGCAAUCUGAUUUUUAAAAACUCCCAAUGCACACCAAAGUUAAAGAACCACUCUACCUGCUUGUGAAGAGGCCGAGAAAAAGAGAAGUGACUGGAGAGCCGAGUGAGAUGAAAGGAUGAUUUUUGUGGCUGUGGUUUUAAUGGAGAAAAUACUCCAGCUUUUUAAAAAACUUUUUAUUGAAAUGCAAUAUACCUCCAGAAAAGUGCACGUGUCACAAAUGUACAGCUGGAUGCACUUUCACAAUCAGGAACCCACGCAACCUCAGAGUGAGAAACAUCACCAAGCAUCCCAGAAGCCCUCUCUGCCUCCUCCUGACCUGUAAUGGCAGGAACUAGUCUCACCUGUUCCUGUACUUUAUACAGAGGGAAGCAAAUAGGAUGUGCUCUUCCAUCCCUGGCUUCUUUCAGUCGUCGUGUCUUUGUAAGAUCCAUCUAUAUCAUUGCAUACAAUUGUAGACCCCUCAUUCUCACCGCUGCAGAGUAUUGCACUGUGUGACUACAAUCAUGCUACUGAUAAUGGGUGUGUGAGCUUUCCAAUUUGGGGCUGUUCCAACUAGGGCAGCUGUGAACAUUCUAUUACAUGUGUGUUGGGUACAUACCUAGGAAAGGAAUUUCUGGAGACUCGACACUGUUUAAAUGUUGUUGAGAAGAGAAGAUGUGAAGCUACAGGAGAGAAGGGGGUCGCUGAGUGAGGUCCCUGGGGAAGCAGGAGAACUGCUCCUUGAAGUGAAACCCAGAGUGAAGGAAUAUGGAAACACCUGGUUUCCAGGCUGCAGCUCCCCAAGAGCCCUAUGGCGCCACCUGCUGGAUAAGGGCCACGUGACGUGCCCAGGGAGCUCCAAAUUAGCUGGAAUUUUCUCACAUUACCUUGGUCCGAUCCAACUGGUCUUCCUGCUUCUACUCUGCUCUCCUACAAUCCAUCCUCCACACAGAAGGAUAAUCUAUUAAAAGUAAGAGCCAGGCCGCCCCGCCCCCAGUCGACCCAAUUCAGUGCGCAUGCGCCGCGACCCGACCUGGAAGAGGCAGUCUUCAGAGCCCACGUGUUCGACAAGCAUGGCGGAGACGGAGAGUAUGGACGUCGCUGAGCCUCCGGCUCUGGGAGAGGCCCCGAAGAGUGACGCCCGGCCUCCCGACCGUCAUGGCCUGCUCAAGCACAGCCGCGAGUUUUUGGAUUUCUUCUGGGACAUUGCGAAGCCGCAGCAGGAGACGCGGCUUGAGGCCACGGAGAAGCUGCUGGAGUAUCUGCGCGCAAGGCCAGAGGGAUCAUCCGAGCUGAAGUACGCCCUGAAGCGCCUAAUCACUGGGCUCGGGGUCGGACGAGAAACAGCCCGGCCCUGCUACAGUCUGGCCCUGGCGCAGCUGUUACAGUCUUUUGAAGACAUCCCCUUGUGCAGCAUCCUGCGGCAGAUACAAGAGAAACAUGACCUGCAGAAGGUUAAGAAGGGGAUGGUGAGACCUGCCCUCUUUGGAAACCUGUUUGGGGUGCUAGCCCUCUUUCAGUCAGGCAGGCUGGUGAAGGACUCGGAGACACUGAUGCAGUCGGUGAAGCUGCUGCAAGUCCUGGGCCAGCACUACAGCCACUUGCAAGAGCAGCCCCAGAAGGCCCUGGUAGACAUCCUCUCGCAGGUCCCAGAGGCCAUGUUGCAGGAGGUCCUGCCGAAAGUCCUCAAGCCCGACUUGAAUUCAGUGCUUGGUUGCCCUGAGCACCUGGAGCUCUUCCUCCUGGCCCAGCAGAAGGUGCCCGAGAAGCUGGAGAAGCUGAUGGGACCGGUCAACCUGUUCGCAGAUGAGAACAUCCCCAGGCUGGUGACCGUGCUGAAGAUGGCAGCCACCUCUGUGAAGAAGGAACGCAAGCUGCCUGCCGUGGCUUUGGACCUGCUCCGCCUGGCGCUCCAGGAGGACAGCUUCCCACGGUUCUGGAAAGAAGUUGUGGAACAAGGGCUCCUGAAGAAGCAGUUCUGGCCGGCCAGCUACCUGUGUUUCCGCCUGCUGGGCGCGGCCCUGCCCCUGCUGUCCAAGGAGCAGCUGCAGCUGGUGAUGCAGGGGGACCUGAUCCGCCAUUACGGGGAGCACAUGGUCACUGCUAAGCUCCCGAGCCAGUUCAAGUUUGCUCCAGAGAUGAACGAGUAUGUGGGGGCCUUCCUGAAAGGCUGCCAGGAUGACCCCGACCGGCAGUUAGCCCUGGUGGUGGGCUUUACGUCCGUCACCAACCAGGGCCUCCCCGUCGUGCCUACCUUCUGGCGGGUCAUGCAGUUCCUGAGUCCCCCCGCCCUCAAGGGCUACGUGGCCUGGCUGCGGGACAUGUUUCUCCAGCCCAACCUGGACUCCUUGGUGGACUUCAGCACCAACAACCAGAAGAAAACCCAGGACACUUUGUUCCACGGGCCUGAGCGAGCCGUGUUCCGGCUACGGAAGUGGAUCAUCCUCCGCCUGGUCAGCCUCGUGGACAACUUGCACGCGGAGAAGGAGGAGGCCUUGAUUGAGGAGGUGGCCAGGUUUUGUUUUUUCCACUCAUUCUUCGAGACAAAGAAGCCCACGUCCCAGAUCCCUGAGACCGAGCAGCACUUCUCUCACCCCCUGGACAGCCGGACCCGGGAGGUGGUGGGCAGUGCCUUCUUCAGCCUGCUGCAGACUCUCAGCACGCAGUUCCGGCAGGCGCCGGGGCAGACGCAGGACGGGCAGCCCUGGACCUACCACCUGGUGCAGUUCGCAGACCUGCUGUUGAGCCACAGCCGCAACGUGGUUCCCCUGGUGGCCUUCACCACGCAGCAGCGCCAGGCCUGGGACCGGACGCUGAAGACUCUGAAAGAACUGGAGGCCCAGUCCUCAGAAGCCAAGGCCGCUGCCUUCCAGCACCUGCUACUCCUGGUGGGCAUACACCUCUUCAAGUCCCCCACAGAGAGCUGUGACCUCCUGGGCGACAUCCAGACAUGCAUCAAAAAGAGCCUGGGGGAGAAGCCCCGUCGGACCCGCUCCAAGGCUACCAACCCGCAGGAGCCGCCGUGGGUGGAGGUGCUGGUGGAGAUCCUGCUGGCCCUCUUGGCCCAGCCCAGCAACCUGAUGCGCCAGGUGGCCCGAAGUGUGUUCGGCCACAUCUGCUCCCACCUGACUCCACGUGCCCUGCAACUCAUCCUGGAUGUGCUGAACCCCGAGGAGAGCCAGGAGGAGGACGACAGCGUGGUGGUUACAGACGACUCCGAGCAGCAGCUGCUGGGGGAUGCAGAGGACAAGAGCUCGGACGACGGUGAGGGCAAGGGCACCAAAGACUCAGAGAGCGAGGAGGAGAGCAACGACGAGGAGAGCGACGAGGAGGAUCGGGACGGGGACGUGGACCAGGGCUUCCGGGAGCAGCUGAUGGCGGUGCUGCAGGCGGGGAAGGCGCUGGGCGGAGCUGACGGCGGGGACGACGACGAGCUGGGGGAUGAGGCCAUGAUGGCCCUGGACAAGAGCUUGGCCAGCCUCUUUGCCGAGCAGAAGCUGCGCAUCCAGGCCCGGAGGGACGAGAAGAACAAGCUACAGAAGGAGAAGGCACUCCGGCGGGACUUCCAGAUCAGGGUCCUGGACCUGAUCGAGGUGCUGGUGACCAAGCAGCCUGAGAACCCCCUGGUCCUGGAGCUGCUCGAGCCGCUGCUGCACAUCAUCCGGCGCAGCAUGCGCACCAGCAGCGCGAAGCAGGAGCAGGAUCUGCUGCACAAGACGGCCCGCAUCUUCACACACCACCUGUGCCGCUCCCGGCAUUACUGCCGCAACGUGGGCGACCGCGUGGAGACUCUGUACGCCCGGCUGGAGAGGCUGGCGCAGCAGGCUGGUCGCCAGGCUGACUCCUCUGUCUCCCUCUACUACUUCAACGCCUCCCUCUACCUGCUCCGGGUCCUGAAGGGCAACACUGUGGGCAAGUCCACCUGCAAGGCCCAGAAGAAGAAAGCCGGCACUGACGCCGGCACCCAGCCCCAGGGCCCAGAGGAUGCCAGCUGCUUGGAUUUGAGCCUCGUGACCCCGAUCUACUCAUCGGCACUGAGCUCCUUCCUGACCAGGCGCAGCAGCCCGCUCACAGCUCCCAUGUUCCUCAGCCUCUUCUCCCGGCACCCGAUGCUCUGUAAGAGCCUGCUCCCCAUCGUGGUCGAGCACGUGGCAAGCCACACGCGGCCCCGCCAUCAGGCCCAGGCCUGCCUGCUGCUCCAGAAGACCCUGCCCACACGGGAGCUGAGGCUGUGCUUUAAGGACCCCGAGUGGAAGCAGCUGCUGGACCAGAUCCUGACGAAGGUCAUUGAGACCCUGCGGACGCUGGGUGAGGCCGAGACCAAGUCAGGGCACCAGAAGGAGCUGUCCUCCCUGGAGCUGCUCAACACUCUCUUCAGGAGCAUCCAGCACGAGAAGCUGACGAUGGACCUGACUGCUGUCCUGGGCGUGCUGCAGAGCCAACAGCCGAGGCUGCAGCAGGGGCUACAGCAGGGGGCGCACUCGGCUGGGUCCAGCCGCCUCUAUGACCUCUACUGGCAGGCCAUGAAGUUCCUUGGAGUCCAGCGUCCCAAGUCAGAGAAGAAAGAUGCCAAGGAAGUCCCUAAGGCCACGCCGAGCCCCAUUAGCAUGAAGCGGAAGAAAAAGGGGUUCUUGCCAGAGACCAAGAAGCGUAAGAAACGCAAGUCUGAGGGCGCCACGCAGGAGGAGGCAGCCAAGCCCGCAGCCGCCGGUGGGGCCCAGCCCCCCAGCACUGGCAAGAGGAAGAGGAAGAUCAAGAGCAAGGCCCCAGCCCAGGCCCAGGUGAAUGGGAUGCCUGCCUCCAAGAGUCCGACCCCAGACCCCCCUGCCACGAGCCCCAGCAGCCCCGCCACGACCCCAAAGCCGCAGAAGAAAAAUCAGAAGCUGUCCCAGGUGAGCAGAGCCACCCCCGUGUCUCCCGAGUCCCCCAAGGAGCCUGCUGCCAAAAAGCGUCAGAAGAAUCUGCCCCAAAAGGGGGUUUCAGGCAAGUCGCCGCAGUCCGCACUGCCCAGGAGAAAGGCCAGAUUGUCUUUGGCCAGCAGGAGCCCCACCCUCCUCCAGAGCGGGGCCAAGAAGAAGGGGCAGCUGAGGAAGGCGAAAAAGCUGUGAGUGUCCCCGUCUGCCCUAGAGACUCCUAUUUUUUCACCGCGAUUUUAAUACACAAGCCACUGUCUGAGGUUCUACUUUCCGCGCCGGGGGUGGUGGGUCUGCUGCCAGCCUGCCCGGAGGUUCCGCCCCAGCAGGCCUGGCCUCAGAGACCCCUGAGGCUGGGGUCUGGGCCGGGCCCUGCCGCUGCUCUCAGGCACAGAGCACGCUUGCGACCUUGGCUCCCCAAGCGGUGUGGGCCAGGCCCAGGGCUCUGGUGUCUGGCGGGUGGGGUACAAGUGUGACCACGCCUCGUACCCCCCAGGCUGCUUUCCUGCGGGAGCCACCGGGGCAUGACUUAAAUAUCUUUAUUUCUUCAUUUACAAGAGGAAUAUAUUUGGCUUCUCUUUUAAGACUCUGAGAUUCACAAUCAGCAGCUCUAAAAAAUAAAGGAGCAGUUUGGCUUCCGGAAGGAAGAG